AUGCCCUCACUUGUUGCUCGUAUGUUUGAUCCCUUGGGAUUCCUAUCUCCUAUAACCCUCUUGCUUAAAAUUUGGAUAAAGAAACUUUGGACUCUAAAGGUAGAUUGGGAUAGUACCGUACCAAAAGAAAUCGAAAUAGCAUGGGAAAAGUUUCAAAAUGAAUUUCAUGUCCUAUACAAAAUACAAAUUCCACGUCAUAUAGCAGUUACACCUAAUUCGUCGUUGUCUUUUGUAGGAUUUUCAGAUGCAAUUUCUGCUGGAUAUGCAGCCAUUGUUUAUUCCAGGGUUGUUAAUUGUACAGGUCAAGUUAAAGUUACUUUACUGUACUCUCAAUCUAAAGUAUCUCCAAUGUCUAAAAUAACUCUUCCUCGAUUAGAGCUUUGUGGAGCGCUUCUUCUCUCAAAGCUUCUUUCACAUGCUAUUGAAACUUAUUUUCCUAGACAUAAUAUUGAUAAAAUUUUUGCCUUAAGUGAUUCCAUGAUUGUAUUAAAUUGGAUAAAGUCCUCAGAGAAAAAUCUCAAAAUAUUUGUUCAAAAUAGAGUUGUUACAAUUCAUAAGAUGGUUCCGUCAGAGUAUUGGUUUUUUGUUCCUGGAAAGGAAAAUGUUGUUGAUUGCGCCUCUCGAGGUUUGUUUCCUUCUUCGUUAGUUAACCAUCCAACAUGGUUUACUGGUCCAAAUUGGUUACUGUUGGAGCCAUAA